AUGGCGAGUAAUGGAAAGAGUGGUGGAAGUUCAAGUACGGCAGUUACAAAGGAUUAUGGAAAAAGAACGGCUAUUGUAACUGGAUCAGCUCGUGGAAUCGGGAAAGCAAUCGCCAUUCGACUUGCUGAGGAUGGAUACGACGUCUGUAUCAAUGAUAUAUCAGCCAAUCAACAGGGGAUUGAAGAGACAGUGAAAGAGAUUGAAGCCCUUGGUAGAAAAUCAUAUGGACAUGCUGCAGAUGUUUCCAAAUUGUCGGAAGUUGAGAGCCUCGUGGAAGCUUCCGUCAAAACCCUCGGAGAUCUGAAUCUGAUGGUGGCCAAUGCUGGAAUUGCCCAAGUAAAGGCUCUCCUAGACCUUACUGAAGAUGACGUUCGCCGGAUAUUCGAGGUUAACGUCUUUGGCGUUUUCAAUUGUUAUACAGCUGGAGCUAAGCAAAUGAUCAAACAAGGUUCUGGAGGGAAGCUACUUGGCUGUGCAAGUAUUGUGGCUUUCAAGCCAUUUGCUCUGUUGUCUCACUACUCGGCUUCCAAGUGGGCUGUUCGAGGCUUCACGCAAGCGUUUGCUAUGGAAAUGGCGGAACACAAGAUCACAGUCAAUGGAUACGCACCUGGUAUUGUAGGAACUGCGAUGUGGGACUUGAUCGAUGAAGAAUUAGGCAAGAAGCAAGAUCGUAAGAAGGGAGAUACGAUAAAGAAAUAUACCGAGGACUUGAUCGCUCUCAAACGGACAAGUGUUCCUGAGGAUGUGGCGAAGUGUGUUAGCUAUCUAGGUAGUCCUGACAGUGAUUAUAUGACGGGGCAGACUUUGAUCAUCGAUGGGGGUAUUGAGUUCAGCUAG